AUGUCGCAUAAGACGACAAAAUCUAAUGCAAGAGGAACUGUUAAGGAAAAGGCAAAUUUUAAGGUAGACGAAGACGUUGCUGCUCUGAGGAAAGCCAUAGAGGGGCUUGGUACAACAGAAAAAACCCUGAUUGAGGUUCUGACCCAAAGAAGUAACGCCCAGCGUCAGCUUAUCAGCGCAGCUUAUCAGAAAGCCACCGGAAGGACAUUAGUGGCUGACCUGGAAGGUGACACCCAUGGAGACUUUGAGGACUUGUUAGUCGCUCUGGUAACGCCUCCUGCUGUCUACGACUGUCAUGAAGUCAUAAAAGCCAUGAAGGGUCCAGGAACCACUGAGAGUACUCUUACAGAAAUCUUCGCUUCCAGAUCCAACAAACAGAUUAAAGCAAUGUCUGACGCAUACAUGAAAGAGACUGGAAGAGUUAUGACUCAUGAUCUGAAGUCGGAGGUAUCUGGAGAUUAUGGCAAAGGACUUCUCAUCUUGGCUGAGGGAAAGAGAGAUGAGAGCAUCAACGUGGACGCAGCCAAAGCCAAAGCAGACGCUAAGGUGCUGUAUGAGGCAGGAGAAAAGAAAUGGGGAACGGAUGAGGAGAAGUUCAUCGACAUCUUGUGCCACAGGAGUGUUCCUCAGCUUCGACAAACUUUGAUCGAGUACAAGAACAUUAGCAAAAAAACUCUGCAGGAAAGCAUCGAGAGCGAGAUGUCUGGAGAUUUGGAGAAACUUCUUGUUGCCAUUGUUAAGUGUGUCAAGAAUGCCCCUGCAUAUUUCGCUGAGAGGCUCUUCAAGGCCAUGAAGGGAGCUGGAACCACAGAGUCAACGCUGACGAGGAUCGUGGUCAGUCGCUCUGAGAUCGAUUUAAAGGAUAUUAAAGCGGAAUACAAGAAGCUGUUUGGAUUUACCCUCUACAACCAGUUAGAGACUGAAGUGUCAGGUAAUUACGGUGAAGCCCUCAUGCAGCUGUGUGGCCAUGAAGACUGACUUCUUCAAUCAUCCAUAUCCUCACAUACAGCCUGGAGAAAGGAUGACCCAUAACCAACAGAAGAUCUAAUGAGUGCCAGAUAUUAACCUGAAUGAAUGGAAAUAAUCCAGACAUUCUGUUUAUUCCCUAAACAGGUCUUAAUUUUCAGUGAUAUUCUGUACUGUUAACAUUUUGCAGU